ACCCCAACCAUCACAACCGACCGAACGAUCGUCACCCGCGCGUCCCGUAUGCGUUCGUCCUCUCCGGGGUAGACCUCCGCGUCUGUGCCCCCCGCUCGGAAGGGAAAAAAAAAGUGGCGCACUCGGGCUGAGCAUGUUGGAAAACGGCAGGAAGGUGUUCAAGGAAGGUGUGCUGGAGAAGAGGAGUGAUGGCCUUCUGCAGCUGUGGAAGAAGAAGCUGUGCGUCCUGACCGAGGACGGCGUGCUGCUGCUGCCGCCCAAGCAGCACGAUCACCAGCCGCAGCAGCAGCCGCCUCAGCCGCACCAUCGCGGGGAAGAUGCUGGCAAAGUCAAGGAGCUGCACUUCGCCAACAUGAAGACGGUGGACUGCGUGGAGCGCAAGGGCAAGUACGUCUACUUCACGGUGGUUAUGUCCGAGGGGAAGGAGAUCGACUUCAGGUGCCCGCAGGACGAGGGCUGGAACGCAGAGAUAACCCUCCAGAUGGUCCAGUAUAAAAACCGUCAAGCCAUUCUGGCUGUCAAGUCCACCCGGCAGAAGCAGCAGCUGCUCGUCGUCCACAUGCCCGGACAGAGCCACAAGACGCUGCGGAGCUCGCCGAACGUGGCGUGACCUGCCCGGCGGACAUUCGAGCGCCAUUUGCGGUUAAUUGGACACUGGAGGAUGACUAUCGACUCUUGCCUCUGCUGCAUCGGCACUGAUUCUCCUGGAUGAGUACCCCAUGCUCCCAAAAAAAAAAAAACUUUCCUUAGACCCACCCCAUACACGGACCUUCUCCACUAAAGACUCAUG